AUGUCCGCCUUUUGCACAGUGCCUGAAGCCAUAGAAGCAUUCAAGAAUGGAGAAUUCUUGGUCGUGAUGGAUGAUGAGAGCAGAGAAAAUGAGGGUGAUUUAAUCAUCGCAGCAGAAUUAGUGACUCAGGAAAAGAUGGCUUUCUUGGUGCGUUACUCUUCAGGUUAUGUUUGCGUUCCAUUAUCCACAGAGAGAGCCGAUAAACUUGAGCUUCCCCCAAUGAUUCCAAAUCAAACCGAUAGACAUGGUACUGCUUACACUGUUACAUGUGAUUUCGCACACAACACCACCACCGGUAUCUCGGCCCACGAUAGAGCUUUAACCGCUAGAGGAUUGGCAGAUGCAAAUUCUACACCUGGGGAUUUCAUUAAACCUGGUCAUGUCUUGCCUUUGAGAGCCGUGCCUGGCUUGUUGAAGCAGAGACGAGGUCAUACUGAAGCCGCCGUGCAACUCUGUGAAUUGGCUGGGUUGCAACCUGCAGGAGCCAUUUGCGAAUUGGUCAGAGAUGAAGAUGGUUUGAUGAUGAGACUUGAUGACUGUGUUUCCUUUUCAAAGCGCCAUAAUAUUAAGAUAGUGACUAUCGAACAGAUUGUGCAAUACCUUGACUAG